CGGCGGGCCGGACCGGGCAGGGCAGCGCCUCGCCGCGCCGCGCCUCGCCGCCAGGGGCGCGGACUCCCCUCGUACGGCGCCCGCCGCCGCCCCGCGCCCCGCUGACAGCCGCCCUGACAGCCGCGCCGCGCCGCGCCGCCAUUUAACCCUCCCCCCGCCGCUGGCCGGGCCGGGCGCUCCCGCCGCCGCCGCCGGAGGUGAGUGAGCGCCCGCCCGUCCGCAGGGCAGCCCCGGCGGCAUUUCCUCCGCGGGAAGGAUCCCGCUUCGGCCCCGUCCCUGCGCGCCCGUCCCGCCGGUGGCGCCGGUGCGGCGGCCGCUCCUCCCGCGCAGAGCCGCGGGCAGCGGCGCGGAGGCGUUCUUGGGAAAACGUGCCUGCACUGUGGAGCUGAAGAAGGACAUGAGGAGUAAAAGAACCUGGGAUCUCACUGGUCAGAAUGAAACAGAUGUUGAAAGAUUUUUCAAAUCUAUUGCUCGUAGUGCUCUGUGACUACGUUCUCGGCGAAGUGGAGUAUCUCCUGUUGGAGCGCCCAGGUCAUGUAGCCUUCAGCAAUGACACAGUAUCUGUGGAAUAUCAGUACUAUAGUGAUGGUAAUGUGACAGCAGAGCAUCUGUCUGUGCUUUUGCUGGAUGCCAGCACCAACGAGAUAAUUGCAAGAAAACAACUUCCAGCAAAUCAGUCCCAUGGGAGGGUAGAAUUUGAGUGUUUCCAUUUUAAGAGUGCCGGGGACUUCUUGUUCAGAAUGGUCUCUCCCAGCAACAACAGCAGUGCUGCCCAGUGGAGCAGAAGAAGCAUGUCUGCCCUCCAUGUGGAAUGGCCUGUAUUUCACAUUGAUUUGAACAGGAGUUCAGAGGUGCUUGGGAGCUCCAUUCAGGUUGGAAUUUUUACGAAUGAGCAGUUGUGUGCCAUAAACGAGACAGUGGUUUCACUGGAUGUGAUAUUUACUAGCACCCUUUAUGAAUUCAGAAGAGUAAGCUCUGACGACACUCUGGGCAUUAGAACUAGCAAAAGAAUCCUGCUCUCCAGGUCCCAGUGGAUAGAGUUUGAUUGCCCACCUGUUGGUCAAGAAACAUAUAUCACGGUGUUACUGAAAUCGUUAGAAACACGUUCCAUCAUUUCCUCCAUAGGACCCAUAGAUCUCCUCCACAAAUUUGGAUACAGACUGGUUGUGGCACCAGAAACAACAUGCAAGACUUUGGUUCAGGUCUUCAUAGUCUCUCCACCGUGCACUUCUAUCAGUGGAAAAAUUGUCGUCUAUAAAGAGGCUGUCAAGCAUCCCAGCCAACGAACAACUUGGCUGUAUGAAAAUGCCCUUCACCCAGGAGACAACAGGACAGAAUUUAACUGCACUUUGUUUGAUGUGGGGAAGAACAAGUACUGCUUUGACCUCUUUAAUUUCUCAAACCGAAGCCAUUUCCCAACAAGAGUUAAGGAGUGUAUGAUGAUCCAAAGGAAUAUGGAAACGUGGAGCCCAUGGCAGCCCUGGAGCCCCUGCAGUGUCACCUGUGGGGACGGCGUCCGGGAGCGCUCCAGAGAGUGCCUCACCUCCUCGCCGGCAAAACCAGGCUGUGCUGGAUCACCGAGGGAGACUUCCUUGUGUUCACUGGAGGAGUGUUUGUCUAUCAGGCCUCCCACUCCACCUUCUGUCCAGCCAGGAGAGGACCAGAAAGCAAAUAAUAUAGUCACCGUCACAGGUAUCUCCCUAUGCUUGUUCAUCAUCUUUGCCACUGUUCUCAUCACCCUCUGGAGGAAGCUCUGUAGAGCUCAGAAGUGCAGCACUGCUGUCCGCCGAAACUCCGUCCAUUCCCCCAGCUUCCGGAAAAACUCUGAUGAGGAGAACAUUUGCCAAGGCAACAAGCAGCGGGACAGUUUUGCCGAAGGAGGGGAUGCCCCUGUUAACAUUCCUCUGACUUACAGGCGAAGCCUCCAAUUUGCCCAAGAAGAUGAUGCCUCUGGAAGCGAAAACUUUCAGCCAAACGCACAAAAAAUAAUCCCUCCGAUUUUCAGCUACCGCCUGGCACAGCAGCAGCUGAAAGAGAUGAAGAAGAAAGGGUUGACUGAGACCACCAAGGUGUACCAUGUCUCUCAGAAUCCCCUCACGGACACGGUUGUUGGUGCUACCACGAUGCUUCCCCUGAGUGGGGAGAACCAAGAGGAGGCAGUGGCGAACAAAUUUAGGAUCAAAUCUCCAUUUCUGGACCAGCCAGCCAGUCAGCCCAAAUUCCUGGGGGAAAGCUCUCACCCUAGGCUGGAUUUUCCGUUCUCACAGGCCAAUCCUGCCAUGAGCCCUACUCAGACCUUAGUAAGAAGAGCUCAUUUCAAGCACCAGGAUAACAGAGGGGACUUACCCGAGAGGGGCUGUCACAGAAACCCACAGUUUAGAAGAACAGCCAGUUUCCAUGAAACCAAAAAGGCCAGGCCUUUCAGAGAGAGAAGUAUGUCCACCCUCACCCCCCGACAGACUCCCCUCUACAACUCCAGGACCAGAACGUGGGACCAGGGUUUGGAGGACAGGACGCGGCCAAAAUCGAGGAACACCAAUCACACGUGUGAAAAGCUGGAUCAGCCCCACAGCACUGUGCUGGGGUGCGAACCACAGGGCCACGGCACAAAGGGCCACCACAGGGCAGGUCCCCCGGUGAAGAAGCUGGACCUGAUCACUGACCGCCAGCCUGCUGGUCAGGAGAAGGCAGCUGAUAAGCCCGAGCUCAGCCGUAGUAAGAGGGGCCCUUCACCUAACCCCAGAGGUGCGUGGCGGAAGGAAGCGGGCUCGACUGGCAAGGAUAAUUCCCAGAGAGGCCCAGGCGUGAGCCCUGCCCAGUACCGAAGGGACAAGUGCCAGAGCUUCCCCUUGGACCCUGAGUUUGCCUUUUAUGACAAUACUACUUUUGGCUUAACGGAGGCAGAGCAGCAGAUGAUCGACCUCCCCGGGUAUUUCGGCUCAAAUGAAGAGGAUGAAACAAGUACUUUAAGCAUCGAGAAGCUGGUGAUCUGAGUGACUCAUUGCAGCCCUGCAGGAGGGGCGUGCACAGGAGAGGGUCUGCAGGGUCGGUUGGCUUCUGGUGGAAGGGGCAGCAGGAACUGCAUUACCUCUGCACAGAGCAGGAGGGAAUAAUGCCCCAAGUCUGGCUUCUGGGAACACAUUCCUUUCUAAUUACUGGAAAGUGCUUCCGUGUAAUUAUUUUUUGUAUGUAUGUGUGUACAAUACACACAGAAUACCCUGGGAAAGCACAUGUUAGUGAAGGUGUGACGCAGGAAUAGCCAACAGAUUUUAUUGUGUAAAGCAGUCACGUUUGGUGCGUCAUGCAUGAUGAAUGCCACUGAUCUAGCCUUUCUCACCUUGUGGACCAUGUACUAGUAGAUUAUGAUAUCCUAAAGCAUCUAUUGUCCAGUAUCCUAGACCAUCUGUCCUAAUUAGUGGAUCAUUGGCCAUUUAGAAAACAUAAACGUCAAGUUGCGAGCAGUUUUCAUUGUUUUUCUGGUAGUUGUUAUUGAACUGUGUUGAUUCGUCAUUUGUAGUUGCUCAAAUAAGUCAUAUGGUGGUGUUUUUUUUAGCUGGUUGCAUGAAAGUGCAAACAAUUGAUGCUGAAUACUUGGACUGAACUUAAAAUUGAGGAGGUGUUUUUCAUCAUUCAAGACUUUGAUAUUUUCUGUCUGCCAAUAUUUAUGUUAAGAAAACAGUAAUGUGCAAAUAUUUGCGGGAGAUUAGUAGAAAAGGCAUGAUGCUGGGAGGGCAGAGAAAAUUGAUCAUCAAAUUUUAGUCCUCACAGAAAUGUUAAGGCAGCAUUGAAGCAUCGGUAAAAGACAGUGAGAGAAUUUUUGAAUCACCCAUCUUUUCUGUAAUCAUCUUUGCCUUUAUUAAACUUUUAAAAAAUGUAAAUAACUGACAAUAAUACUACUACAGCAAGCUCAAAAUAAAUUAUGAACAAAAUCAGUGAACAACAGAUUUAUUUGAUGAAUACCUGUUUUGCGGACAAAAAGAAAAAAUAAAGUGGCUUGACAUCUGGUGAUUCCUGGAGAAUCAUGGUGAAGUACAAAAGUUACAUUGUUUUGGUUUUUUUUGUUGUGCUUUAAAACCAGAGAUCACAGUUUGGUGAUUACACACUGCUGCAAGUAUUCAGAGCUGGGUUGAAACCCCAAUUAACAACCGAGACAGAGCUCAGGCCAGUGAGAAUGACUCAGAGACUUUGCUUGCCAUUUGUUAGGAUAACCGUCUCUUCAGGGAGUUUGCAAAGACCAAGGGAAUACUAUUGGGCAAAAACAAGAAAAGAGGAGGUGCUGCCCAUGGAGGAUGGAGUGAAAGGAGAUAGCUUCAGGCAAAGGACUGUCAGUCUUAAAACAACUCCGCCAUAAGGAGCCCAACCCUACAUGCCCUAUAGCCUGCCUUGUGGGUGUGAGGGAAAAACUAGCAUGUGCUCAGUUCUCUGGCUAUCUCUCAACACUGGCUUUCUGACCAGAAAGAUAGAUUUCACAGGGCCACACUUUUUUUUCCCUCCAAACCAACUAUUUUGAAGGAAGAGCAGCAUCACUGUGCAUUAGCCAGUUACCAGUGGCACCCCACUGAAGUAUCCAAAGCAUAUGCACAGGUAACUUGACAGGCACACAGCAACAGGACUUGCUGUGACAGCCUAGGAGGAGCAAGACACUCGGCAUUUGGCUGCCAGAACGAAACCCCGCCAUUUGAAUGGCCUUUUUUUGAUGGGUAACAUUUCGCAGCUGCUGCUGGAGCGCCAGAUCUGACUCGCAGGGUGAUGCGAACUCCCUCUUUCCCAGGAGCUGUGCCAGCACACUGCAUUGUCGGCAUUCAGCCCUUUGGCCCAGCGUGGCUUUAGUACCAGCUAUGCAUUCCCAUAAACCAUCAACUUGAAAUGCUGUUUAAAGCAUUUGAGAACAUGUCCACACUUGAAGAGUGAUCCAAAGCUAAUCAAAUGUGAUGAGUCUUUAAAUUGACUUAAAUGAGCUGGAAAUCAGAGCUCUGAAGCAAUUGCUGCUCAGGUUACUUACCACCCCUGUACUAAGGUAAACUCCACAGUGUCAAGAACAUUUGCCCUGAAGCAGUGAUCUGUCAGCGCUGGAGCUACAGGGCUACAAUAUUUACAGCUUCCAUGAGCCUCUCAGCACGGGAGGCCCUGGAGAAACAGGAGAUCAAAUGUACAGCACAGCAACAUUCAGCAAGCAGUCUCCUAACCCUCAGUGGGAGUGAUCUGAGCUUGGCAGUAGCCUUCAGAUCAAAUAAGUUCUUAGCUAGUGGCAUUUUACCCUGUUUAUUAAGGUAAAGAGACUUCUGAAACACUUCCUGGGGUUUGCUGUGGGAGUUGCAGGGUACUACACAAAGCCCUGUGACCUCUGCAUCUCCAAGGGGGUUCCCUGCGUGGCAGAGGAGGGGGACCCUCACUCUUAAGCCAGAUGCUGCUUCCUGAAACCUUGUCUCGGGGUCGAACUGUGUUCAGAACAGCUACUGUAAUGCACUACAUGUACUUAGGUACAUCUUGCAUCUAAGGCAGCAAGGCAGACCCCUUCCCUCCCAGCCUGUCAGAUCUUGGUCCCUUUCUCUCUCAGAGAAAGAGAAAAAAAAGCACCUUCACAUAUUCAUGCUGGCUGAAGGCAGUCCAAAUAUAAUGCCUGCCUCUCCAUAUUAACAUAGAAGGGGGAAGAGGCUCUGUACUCUGGGCUUUACAUCACUCACUGGGGAGCUGGACUGGGUAACAGUUGUCUGACCAAGCCUUGUGGACUUUUAUUUCCAGCUUGAUGCUCUAUUAUCAGAUGUCUUAUUGCCUGCUCAGUGAACUGGCAAACCACUAAUGCUGUCUCUUUGGUGCUGUAGUUGAUUUCCAGCAUACAGAGUCAAGCAUCACCAGUCUGUAAUCUUUAUCUUGCUUCCCUAGCCCUCUACUGAAGAAUGGGAUUGAGCAUCAUCUGCCAGAAGGCAUUAACUUAUUUCACUCGUGUUUCUCUGUGUCUUCUGCCUAGACAAAAAUUGUCCUUACUGCCCUCAGCACUGCAUCUGUGGCCCCACGGUUACAACAUGUGCAAAGUGAUUCCUUACGUUCCCAACAUGCAGUUACAACCUGGCACUAAGAUUUUACCAUAGCAAAAUAGAGAAUUAGGGAUCAGAAAGGAAAUAGUAAGUGCUGGCUGUUUGCAGUGGUUUCUUCACAAGGGCAACCUCAUUUCAGGGGCAUAGUGCAAGUUUCGUUCCAUGUGGGUACAUGCCAAUGCUUGGGAAGAGAGCAGCAGUGCAGCCUUGCCAGGGCACAGGCUUCAGGAGCAUGGUUCCCUGGAGCGCUGGCCCAUUGUGCUCCAGUGUUCACCUUUGCAGUCACUGGGAUGUUUAGGAAGAAGUGAGAGCAGGGUUUACCUCUUGACAAAGCAGAGGAACCAAACCAAGUUUCACACUGAACCUGCACAUGUUUCUGCAUUUGUCCAGGACAGCUUGAGCCAUGGAAAUUAAACUUACCU